UCGGGCAACUUUUUAGUUUCUGCCCGAAAUUACCUCGCAUCACGACAUUGGAUUGUAUUGUAAAGCAAAUGAGAGAACCUAGCCGUGAAAAAGGUUAUUAACUUCAUAAAAGUUGAUUUGCAACUAGCCUUGACCCUACUUGCUCAGGGAACAAAAGAGGGACUGGAAACAUUGAAAACCAAUGAAAACAGUGGCGAAAGAAGAAAAGCCGUACUAAAGUUAAUUUUAAUAGUUGGGUGAGACUGUGCAGUUGGUCCCUCGAUUUUAAAAUGGAUUCCGAAAUGUCAGUAAUCCCACACAUCAAGCCAAACUCUUGGAUGCCGUCAAAAUCCAAUAAGGUUAAUGUCGAGAGCAGCGCGUCUGAAUCGUCAGAGCCAAGUAAGUUAAUCGCCGUGAAACGCAAGUGGAAUGGCUUCGUGGAAUCGUCCACUCUCCAUGGUUUGCAACAUGUGUUCACUAGUCGAUCUCCCUGUCGGCGCAUUAUCUGGGCCGUGUUUCUUCUGUUAGGAAUGGCGUGGUUCUCUUUUCAGUCGUCCAAGCUAGUGUCAAAAUACUACAGCUACCCAGUUGCCACAAAAGUAACCCAGGUUUACGAAGACGCACCAGAGUUUCCAGCUAUCACCAUUUGCAACUUUAACAUGUUCAGAAGUUCUGCUGUUCAGGCAAGCGGAUACGCAGACCUUUUUACGUACGUGUUGAGGCAGUCAAGGGGAAUCGAUGUUUCGAAUGACACAGUGGACUGGAGUAAAUACGAAAGCACUAACAUGACCGAAUUCACUUUACUCGCGGGACAUCAAAUUGAAGACACUUUGAGUACUUGUACUUUCAACGGAGAGCAUUGCACUGGGAAAAAUUUCACCGCCGUUUUAACUUCUAUGGGUCUUUGUUACACAUUUAAUUCAGGUAAAGAUGGUCAGCAGAUUUUAAAGGUGAAGCAGGCUGGGACGAACUUUGGACUUCAUAUUGUGUUAGAUGUUCACCAACAUGACUAUUCCGCCAUAGGAUAUCGCGCAGGCCUCAGAGUUCUUAUUCAUCAUCACGAGACACCUCCAUUAGUCUCUCAGCUUGGUUUUGCAGUUGGUCCUGGGACGAGCACAUUUGCAGCCAUAAAUAAACAAAGGGUUAUCAACCUUCCAGAGCCUUACGAAAGCAAGUGUUUGGAUAAGAAUGAGACUAAUGUGCCUGGUUACCCCAAAUACACAACCCUAGCCUGUAUGUUGACUUGUAAGACGAAAUUUGUGGUUGAAAAAUGUGGAUGCAGGGACGUUGGAAUGCCAGACGUGGGUAACUCCAGUGUUUGCAAACCUUUGGAGGCAGUAGGUUGCGCGGCGAGAGAACAAGGAAACUUUCAGAAGCUGAAGGGUAACCAGUGCGACUGCCCAGUGCCAUGUGAUACAAUCUCCUUCAAACCAGUCCUGUCCUAUGCACUGUUUCCCAACGACAAUUACGUGAGACUUACACAGGAAUUAAACGGAGAAUACGGUUCAAACGUGUCAGAGAUAACUCUUCAUUACAUCCAAGAAUACAUAAGCCAGAACAUACUGGAACUCACUAUAUACUUCCAAGAAUUAGGCUACACGGCCAUUGAACAGAAACCUGCCUACGAUUCAGGAAGUCUGUGGGCCGAAAUAGGCGGACAAGUUGGCCUCUGUGUUGGUGCCAGUCUCUUGACCGUGCUUGAGUUUUGUGACGUCAUGCUCGCCAUUAUUGGUAUCCGUUUAGGGUUCCGAUAAACACUUGAAAAUAUUUAUCUCAACCUUGAAAAUAAUCUUACCUCUUAUUCAAAGGUUUAUUUACUUUAGACAAUUGCGUUAUACCAAAACUGGCUUUACAUGGCAGCCCCAUGUCUAAAUUCUUAUCAUGUACAAAAAUAUUCUAAAAUCUAAAAACUUGUGUAAAAGGCAAAAGAAAACAGAAAAAUGUAUGAAGCAUUUUGAUAAAAUUUUUUACUAAAUUUAGAAGAUGACUGACUGUAUGCUCGAGUGAAUUUGGUGUUUGGUAAAUAUUUGGUAUCUUCUAGUCUUUUAAUGUUUUCUUCUUUGCCUGAAAAUUAGCAUGUUAAUAUAUCGCUUUGAUUAUUGUUCGCUUUGUUUUGUGAUUAGCAUAUUGCUUUCAGUCAUUUGUUUGUUUCACAUUUUAUCAUUCCCAUGUUGUAAUUAGUCACUGGGAUGUUAGAUUGUCAUUAUUCCAUUCAUUUUAAAUUAAAAUACUGGAAAGUGCUUAACCAAAAAAAAUAGUGCUUUACCUUGCUUCCACGGUGUCUUGUUUAUUGUUGGCUUGUUUGUUUGUUUGUUUGUUUUGCUGACUCAAGGCCAUUUUAACGAAUGAUCUUUUGCUGGGUUUUCUACUCCAGUGCGAUGGACAAGGAUUGCACUCCGGCUCGAUCCCUGUGGCUCAAAAUGAUUGCAGGGCCACACUUACAUUGCAGAAUCCAAACAUGUAUCUUCUAGUUUCAUUUUAGUCCGCUAGCAACGCAAUCUUGGCCCUGAAACCAAGGCCGAGCGGCAGUCUGCUUUCUCUAAUUCCAAAUAACAAGAUGGUUAAGACCUGCGUACGCAUUGAACACAACAAACCCAGUUGUUUGGUAACCUCACCUCUGUUACAAACAAAGCCUUGCGGGGGAGGCCACACCGUCACCUGGCAUCAAUAGACCAAUUUCGAUAUAUUAAAAUUCAGCCUAAAACAACAGACCUCAGCACGAGGCUCCGGGGAAUGAACCC